AUGCAUCACGCUUUCUUGGCUAUCCUAUCAGUCAUAACAACACUGAGCCAUGCAACUCCCACAAGUCUGCAAAGUCGAGAUAUAUCUGCUACCCAAUUGACAGAAUUUGGUUUUUGGGUUCAGUAUGCUGCUGCAACAUACUGCCCCUACAACUUUGCCCCCACCAGUAUUGGCUCGAAAAUAGCUUGUUUGGAUAAUAACUGCCCCCAAGUCGAGGCUGAUGAUGCCACAAUAUUCUACACCUUUGGCAAUACCACUAUAACAGAUACUGCUGGGUUUGUGGCUGUGGACCAUACUAAAAAGGCACUAAUUUUGGCCUUCCGCGGCUCAUACUCUCUUCGCAACUGGUUAGUCGAUAUCGAAUUUGAAUUGAUCGACCCAGGUCUUUGUGAAGGCUGCCUUGCCGACCUAGGUUUCUGGAACUCAUGGAUACUGGUUCGAGACGAUGUUUUGCAGGUCAUCAAAGAUGCUGUGUCCAAUCACUCUGACUACGAGCUGCUAGUCGUCGGUCACAGUCUGGGAGCUGCCAUUGCCACACUCGUAGCAGCAGAUCUCCGUAGCCGAGGAUAUCCUUCGCUCCCUCUUUACGCAUAUGCGUCUCCGCGAGUUGGUAACCCAAAAAUGGCCAGUUAUAUCACUGCGCAGGGAAACAACUAUCGAUUCACCCACAUUAACGACCCUGUACCUAAGAUGCCGCUGCUGAUUCAGGGGUAUGUUCACGUUAGUCCGGAAUAUUACAUCACUUCUGGCAACAAUAUCACUGUUACUACUAGUGAUGUGGAAGUUCUUGAGGGGGCGAUUAACUUGAAUGGAAAUACGGGUACUGGCCUCGUUGACCUUUCAAAAGUCCCAGCUCACCACUGGUACUUUGAACGGGCUGAUGGCUGUCUCUCAGGUGAAACUCCUUUAUAG